GGCCGGCGACAACAACAAAAGCGCAGCUUGCAAAUAAAAAACGUUGACGGUGGCAGUGACGCUGUCGUCGUCGUUACCUGCACACAAGCAAAACCAACACAGAAGCGCCGCUAACGUGUGUGGGAGCAGCGAGCGGGCGCGUAUGUGUGUGCGUGUGUCUGUGUGAGGAAGAACAGUAAAAGUGGAUUAGUAGCAGCAGCAGCGACAGCAGCAGACGCCGCCGGCUGCGCAUUUGGCGUUUAAAUUUGUAUUUAGCACUUGGCGUCGACUGCGACAGCGACUGCAACUGCGACGCUCUCAUUUUGGAUUUAAUGUCGAGCGUUUAGCGUGUGCAAGUCUUUCAACUCACGACUGUUCAUGAAAUCAUGAUUACCAGAAAGUGCAGAUAAAAAUGACAGCACACGUUUAUUGGAAUUCUAAACAAAUACGGGCAGCGCUGCUUUUGACGAGCUGCUGCCUGUUGCUUUCAUCCAGCGCUUGGGGUAAGAAACUGAAUGCCAGCCAAGCAUUUGAUGACACUUGGAAUACAGCAUCCGACUUGGAGAAUGAGCUAGAGCAACAGAAGCGUGCCAAGGGCGCUCAAGGUGGAGGUGGUGGUGGUGGCUCAACUGGAUCUGGUGGCGGUCAGUGGUCAUCUUGGUCGGAAUGGUCCACCUGUUCGCGCAGCUGCGAUGGCGGCAUUAUGCAACAAAUGCGUCGUUGCAGCACCACCGGCACUUGCCGCGGCGAGAGCGCACGCUAUCGCAUCUGCAACAUGCAACCGUGUCCGGAGCAGCAGGACUUCCGUGCCAAUCAGUGUGCCGCCUACAACGAUGUGCCCUACGACGGCACCCUGUACAAAUGGACACCCCAUUACGACUACGUCGAGCCCUGUGCGCUGACAUGCAGGGGCCACCCGGCGCAUCUUACGGAGGACAUCUCACCGGAAUCGGCAGCUGGCGGAGUUGGUGAGCACUAUGAUGCGGAGCACUACGAUGAGCAGAGUGUCAUUGUGCAAUUGUCGGCGCGGGUGCAGGAUGGGACCCGUUGCCGCUCCGGCAGUUUGGAUAUGUGCAUACAGGGCAAAUGUCAGCGCGUCGGCUGCGAUUUGAAAAUAGGCUCAACAAAGAAGAUAGACGGCUGCGGCGUUUGCGGCGGCGAUGGCAACUCCUGUUCACAACCGCUCUAUUAUUGGGAGCUGGCACCGAUGUCGCAAUGCUCUGUCACCUGCGGCGGCGGUUACAAAAUGUCUAAUCCUGUGUGCAGGAAUCGUCUGACUGGCGCUGAUGUCGAUUUGACGCUCUGCAGCCAAGCUAAUCGCCCGGAGUCGUCGGUGGUGCCAUGUAAUACACACAGCUGUCCACCGCGUUGGAUCACCGACGAUUGGAGCACUUGCAGUCGACUUUGUGGCCAUGGCUAUCGCGAGCGCAUGGUUGUCUGUGCGGAGGAGACCAACGGCAUUAAAACGAGGGUUGCAGAUAUUAUGUGCCGCACACCAAAGCCGCCAACACAGGAGACCUGCAUUAUCGAGGAGUGUCCGCACUGGGAGGUGGAGGACUGGACUGGCUGCUCCGUCUCCUGCGGCCAAGGCAUUCAGAUGCGGGGCGUCGAGUGCAAAUCGACAGAUGGCAGCCUGAGCGCCAAAUGCGAUCCGCUCACCAAGCCUGGCAGCAUGCAGCAGUGCUCCACGGGCAUUCACUGCGAUGGCGGCGGCGGCGGUGGCAGCAGCAGUCAUAACAAAGGCGGCGGCACCAUCAUUGUGGGCAGCAGUCGCGCCCUGAAUGAGCGUUCGCAGCAUAGGCGCAUGGACAGCUCUGACCUUGACGAGGACGAGGAGGAUGAUGAUGCGGAUGAGGAAGUUGAAGAUGUCGAUGAUAUGGAGUCGGGUCAGGACACAGACGAUGGCGAAGGCUUGUCCUAUGCGGAUCAGCCCUUGCGCUAUGCGCAUCACACGCAAUCGCGACUGCAUCACGAGACUCCCGAAGAGCCACGCACCAUGCGCUUAAUGAGCGGCAGCUCCAGCAAAAAUUACAAUACCAACAAUCGUGGCAACGGCGGCACGGAUUUGCCAUCACUGGAUCCCACCUUUAUCAAGGACAACGACUGGUCUGCCUGCAGUGUAAACUUGCUAGGGCAUCGGCGACGCUCAUUUUAAUGUAAUUUUUUUGGAAACUCACGCCUGUAGCUAAGUGACGAUACGCUAUGCGAGCGGUGUGAAGCGCAUGAUGAAGUGAGGUGUGUGGGAUCGUGAUGCUGGCUCGAUGGACUUGACGAUCAAUAUCCCAGGGACUCCAUCAAGGUCGGCGUCUCCGAGCCCGGCAAGACUUAUGUCUGGCGUGAGCAAGGCUACACCAGCUGCAGUGCCUCCUGUCUGGGCGGCGUGGAGGAGCUAAUCAUCAACUGUGUGCGCGAGGACAAUGGACGUGUAGUCUCCCCCUUCCUCUGCUCGCCGGAGACCAAGCCGGAGGCGCGUGUGCGCACCUGCAAUGAUCGCCCGUGUCCGCCACGCUGGAACUACUCAGACUAUACGCCCUGCUCCAAGAGCUGCGGCAUUGGCAUUAAGACGCGUGAGGUGCAGUGCAUCCAUGAGGUGACGCGUGGUGGAGAGAACACUAUGGUAGUGCCCAACAGCAUGUGCCCGCAGCCACCGCCGGCGGAUCGUCAGUACUGCAAUGUGCUGGACUGUCCAGUGCGCUGGGAGGUGGGCGAGUGGUCCAAGUGCUCGCAUACAUGUGGUUAUGGCAUCAAGGAUCGCAAGGUGGAGUGCAAGCAGAUUAUGGCGCAGGAGCAUAAGAUAGAGCGACCCGAGUCCAUGUGCCCGAGUGUCAAGCCGCCAGAUAAGAAGCCCUGCAAUGUCAAGCCGUGCCCACCUGAAGAUCCCAAGCCGGUGAUACAAAUCAGCAACUCUACUCACAUACAACACGAUCCGAAGAAGACGAAGAUUACGCUCAAGGUGGGUGGAGCUGGCGUUGUGUUCUUUGGCACGCAGGUGAAGAUCAAGUGCCCGGUGAAGCGCUACAAUCGCACCAAGAUUAAGUGGAGCAAGGACCACAAGCCGCUGGCACGCUCGCGCAAGUUUAAGGUGUCCAAGAAGGGCGCACUGCGUAUACUUGAUAUAACAUUCCGCGAUGCAGGCAUCUACAGCUGUCACGCCGGGCUCAGCUCGGCCGAGAUACACAUUGAGGUGAAGGCCAAGCCGGGCCAGCAAGCCGAGGAGCUGGAGCGCCAGGAAGUUGAUCGCCUGGUGCGUGAGCGCAGCGGCACGGAAGCGCUUACCUCAGCCGACAUGACCUCAGCGCCCAAUGGCAGCAGCAGCAGCAGCGCCGAUGGCAACACUAAUGGCUCCACACGUCGCCGGCAACAGCAGCAGCAGCUGGAAAGGAUGCAAAGUGGACGAGAGCGCAAUCGCCGGCCCAAAUCCGAUGGCAUGCAGCAUGCGGAUAGUAGCAUAAUGGAGGACGAGCAUUCGCAAUUAGUGCAGGCCCAGGACCGAAUUCCUCAGCCGGCGAGCGCCAGCAGCGGCAGCAGUCGCACCAAGACUCUGCUGGCCAUGCCCUAUUUUCAGGCGUUGCUGAGCAACUUGCAGCUGCUGUGGCCGCUGCAGCGCUUUAAGGACUCACGUGGGCAGCAGCUGCUGCAUGGCGAGGCGCUCAAAUAUGGCCUCGAUAUGGAGCCGCAAAGCUUCGAACAGGAUGAGCCCGUGCGUCUGCACACCAAGGAUCUGCACACCGAGGCGGGACGUGUGCCCAGCCAGCUCAGCACGCAGACAAUCGCCGAAGAGGAGCCGCCACAUAUGCCGCAUGCACGCUGGGAAACGGCAACAACAUCCAGCACACCAACACCCACGCUCAGUCAGCAAGGAGCGCAGGAUGCCGUUGGUCAGUACGCCUAUAAAUGGCAGCUGGGCGAGUGGUCCAAUUGCUCACAGCAAUGCGGCGCAGCGGGCAUCGGCCUACAGCGCCGCACGCUGAGCUGCCGCCGUGAGGCAACAAAGACGACGGCAACAACGUUGUCGAUGUCAAAUGGCAGCGGCAGCAGCAGCAGCAGCAACGUUGUCGACAUUACCAGCGAGGAUGUGGUGGAGAAUGCGCAGUGCAGCGCCCAGGGGCUAGAGAUGCCCAACACGUUCCAGAGCUGCGGCGAUGAGCCCUGCCCACAGUGGACCAAAGGCGAGUGGAGCCUCUGCCAGCACUCGCGCUGCCACGGACGCAAUACGGCCGUACAGCGGCGGGAGGUAAGCUGUCGCUAUGAGAACGGCAGCUUGGGCAGCGCUUGCGAUGAAUACGAGAAGCCUGCGGCGCGUCAGGAAUGUUACAGUGAGCGCUGCAAGGGCGUGUGGCGAGUGGAGCCCUGGUCCGAGUGCAAUGCGCCCUGUGGUCGUCAGGGCAUUAAAUUCCGCAUUCUGCAAUGCGUGUGGUAUGGCAGCCGCCGGCCCGCGGGCAAUGUCUGCAAGCAUCAGCCACGUCCGGCAGUCAUGAAGGUGUGCAAGAGUCCGCCAUGCCAAACAGCCAAUCCCAACCACGCCGCUGCCUGUCGCGACAGCUCCCGCUAUUGCCGCAACGCUCGUGCCAUGGGCUUGUGUCGACUGCAUCGCUACAAGGAGAAGUGCUGCGGCUCCUGCCAGCCCAAUCAGUACGAGUUGCAGUAGAUAAAAUAGUUCGCCAGCGAUUACUACCUAAGGUUAAGCUUAAACUAAAGCCAGCGAACAUUUUCUGGAAGCAAGUGCAAUGUGAACGUAACGAAUUCAAUUUUGAAACUCAAUUCAAUUUAUUGCUGCAAUAAUUGUUUGUUUUUCUUGGCGAGCAAGAGAGAUAGAGCGAUAGAUCGAUAGACAGAGAGAGAGCAUUAUGUGCGUCAAUACGCAAUUAAAGCAAAUAAGUAUUCACAAUUAAACUAAGCGCAAAUAUCAUAAGGAUUUGCCCACUGGCAAAUAACUUUGCCAAACUAACCAGUGCGGCAGCUCUGCUUUGCUUUAAGCAAUUUGAAAACACAAAAAUAAUCGAAAGUAAUAGUUUAAACAUUACCGUCAGGCGCUGCUACUACAAUGAAACAAUGAAAACACGUUAACCAAACACAAACAUUUCCAUUAGCAAUGCGUAUAUAGUAUAUUAAAUAAUUACACACACACACACUGAAAGUUUAGCAUUUGUUCAAGUUUAUUUGUUUAGCGCAAUGCAUUUUUAGUGUUUUUUUUUUGCAAACGUCUAAAUAGUAUAUAAACUAUUACCCAGCAUUUAAUAUAUACAUAGACUCAUUCACAAUUCGCUUAAAGAGAACGCAAAACGCACCAUUUAAAUUUUAAAUAAAUUUAAUAUUAAUAAUGUCAGCAGACCUGUUGCCGUUGCCUAAUGUGAAAAACGACACAAACUACCAUAUAUAUUGUAAAUAAUUUAGAGAAACCUUACUAACUAAGAGAUCAGCUGCAGUUUUUCUGUUUGAUAUCAAUUUUCUCAAUCAUAUAAUUAUUCCAACCAAACUUGUACAAUUUUGCAAUUUAAUUUCGCGCAUUAAAUAUGAUAAAGAAAUAUUUA